AUGGAUCCGGAAGUGGUCGGUGAGGAUGAGCUUCGCAAACUGCUUACGGCUGAGAAACCCAUGUCAGUCUAUUGGGGCACUGCAACCACUGGUCGUCNUGUAGCCUACUUUGUGCCCAUUAUUAAACUGGCUGAUAUGUUACGCGCCGGUUGUCACGUGAUCAUACUUUUUGCUGAUUUGCAUGCCUAUUUGGACAAUAUGAAAGCCCCGUGGCCAUUGCUACGUUUGCGGACGCGUUACUACGAGGCGGUGAUCAAAAACAUGCUCCGUUCCAUCAACGUUCCAUUGGAACGACUUACGUUUGUUCGUGGGGCGGACUUUGAACUAACCGAAAAAUACUCCAAGGAUGUGUAUCGAUUGAUGGCUCUCACCUCGGUGCACGAUGCACGCAAAGCUGGGGCUGAGGUAGUCAAACAGGUGGCCAGCCCACUCGUUUCCGGUCUCCUCUAUCCUCUUUUGCAAGCUUUAGACGAGGUGCAUUUGGGCGUGGAUGCACAGUUUGGCGGUGUGGAUCAGCGAAAAAUUUUCAUGCUGGCCGAAAAAGUAGGUUCGAAUGCAUCCACCUGUCCCAAACAAUGCAGUGUAUAA